GGAGGGGUGGCGGGGCGACAGAUCGGAAGACCAUUGAAAGACUAGCGAGGAGACUUCGGGGACCAGAGACGCGCCUGGGGAGACCUGGGACUCGGGGCGCGCGAGAAUUUCCUUGCACUCGCGGGCAGCGCGCGCGGGAUUGGUCCCAUGGCUGGGACUCGGAGCCGCGGUCCUUGCGGGGGGCCCGGGAUUUGCUACCUUCUUGGCUCCCUGCUCGCCGGACUGCUCUUCCCACGAGCCGUCGCCUUCAAUUUGGAUGUGAUGGGUGCCCUGCGCAAGGAGGGCGAGCCAGGCAGCCUCUUCGGCUUCUCCGUGGCCCUGCACCGGCAGUUACAGCCCAGACCCCAGAGUUGGCUGCUGGUGGGUGCUCCCCAGGCCCUGGCUCUUCCUGGGCAGCAGGCGAAUCGCACUGGAGGCCUCUUUGCUUGCCCCCUGAGCCUGGAGGAGACUGACUGCUACAGAGUGGACAUUGACCGGGGAGCUGAUGUGCAAAAGGAGAGCAAGGAGAACCAGUGGCUGGGAGUCAGUGUUCGGAGCCAGGGGCCUGGGGGCAAGAUUGUUACUUGCGCACACCGAUAUGAGGCAAGGCAGCGAGUGGACCAGAUCCUGGAGACGCGGGACGUCAUUGGUCGCUGCUUUGUGCUAAGCCAGGACCUGGCCAUCCGUGAUGAGUUGGAUGGUGGGGAGUGGAAGUUCUGUGAGGGGCGCCCCCAAGGCCAUGAGCAAUUUGGGUUCUGCCAGCAGGGCACCGCUGCUGCCUUCUCUCCUGACAGCCACUACCUCCUCUUUGGGGCCCCAGGAACCUAUAACUGGAAGGGCACGGCCAGGGUGGAGCUCUAUGUGCAGGGCUUGGCGGACCUGGCACACCUGGACGACGGGCCCUACGAGGCGGGGGGUGAGAAGGAGCAGGACCCCCACCUCAUCCCGGUCCCUGCCAACAGCUACUUUGGUUUCUCCAUUGACUCGGGGAAGGGUCUGGUGCGAGCAGAGGAGCUGAGCUUUGUGGCAGGGGCCCCCCGUGCUAACCACAAGGGGGCUGUGGUCAUUCUGCGCAAGGACAGUGCCAGUCGCCUGGUGCCUGAAGUUAUGCUGUCUGGGGAGCGCUUGACCUCCGGCUUUGGCUACUCACUGGCUGUGGCUGAUCUCAACAAUGAUGGCUGGCCAGACCUAAUAGUGGGUGCCCCCUACUUCUUUGAGCGCCAAGAAGAGCUGGGGGGUGCCGUGUAUGUGUACAUGAACCAAGGAGGUCACUGGGCUGGGGUCUCCCCUCUCCGGCUCUGCGGCUCCCCUGACUCCAUGUUUGGGAUCAGCCUGGCUGUCCUGGGGGACCUCAACCAAGACGGCUUCCCAGAUAUCGCUGUGGGUGCCCCCUUUGAUGGGCAUGGGAAAGUCUUUAUCUACCACGGGAGCAGCCUGGGAGUUGUAGUCAAACCUUCUCAGGUGCUGGAGGGUGAGGCCGUGGGCAUCAAGAGCUUUGGCUACUCCCUGUCGGGAGGCCUGGAUGUGGACGGGAACCAUUACCCUGACCUGCUGGUGGGCUCCUUGGCUGACACUGCUGUGCUCUUUAGGGCCAGACCCAUCCUGCACGUCUCCUAUGAGGUCUUCAUUGCUCCACGAGCCAUUGACCUCGAACAGCCCAACUGUGCUGGUGGCCACUCAGUCUGCGUGGACCUAAGGAUCUGUUUCAGCUACACUGCAGCCCCCAGCAGCUACAGCCCUAUUGUGGCCUUGGAUUAUGUGUUGGAUGGGGACACGGACCGGAGGCUCCGGGGCCAGGUGCCCCGUGUGACCUUCCUGAACCGUAGCCCAGAUGAUCCCAAGCACCAGGCCUCGGGCACCGUGUGGCUGAAGCACCAGCAUGACCGAGUCUGUGGAGACACCAUGUUCCAGCUACAGGAGAAUGUCAAAGACAAGCUACGGGCCAUUGUGGUGACCUUGUCCUACAGUCUGCAGACCCCUCGGCUCCGGCGACAGGCUCCUGGCCAGGGCCUGCCCCCAGUGGCCCCCAUCCUUAAUGCCUACCAGCCCAGCAGCCAGCGGGCAGAGAUCCACUUUCUGAAGCAAGGCUGUGGUGAAGACAAGAUCUGCCAGAGCAAUCUGCAGCUGGUCCAUGCCCGCUUCUGUGCCCGGGUCAGCGACACAGAGUUCCAGCCUCUGCCCAUGGAUGCAGAUGGGACGACAGCCUUGUUUGCACUGAGUGGGCAGCCAGUUAUUGCACUGGAACUGAUGGUCACCAAUCUGCCCUCGGACCCAGCCCAGCCCCAGGCUGAUGGGGACGAUGCCCAUGAAGCCCAGCUCCUGGUCACCCUCCCUGCCUCGCUGCACUACUCAGGAGUCCGGGCCCUGGACCUUGUGGAGAAGCCGCUCUGCCUGUCCAAUGAGAAUGCCUCACAUGUUGAGUGUGAGCUGGGGAACCCCAUGAAGAGAGGUGCCCAGGUGAUCUUCUAUCUCAUUCUGAGCACCUCGGGGAUCACCAUCGAGACCACGGAGCUGGAGGUGGAGCUGCUGUUGGCCACGAUCAGUGAGCAGGAGCUGCACCCAGUCUCUGCCCGAGCCCGUGUCUUCAUUGAGCUGCCACUGUCCAUUGCAGGGGUGGCCAUUCCCCAGCAACUCUUCUUCUCCGGCGUGGUGAGGGGUGAGAGUGCCAUGCGGUCUGAGCGGGAUGUGGGCAGCAAGGUCAAGUAUGAGGUCACGGUCUCCAACCAAGGCCAGUCUCUCAACACCCUGGGCUCUGCCUUCCUCAACAUCAUGUGGCCCCACGAGAUUGCCAAUGGCAAGUGGCUGCUGUAUCCCAUGAGGGUGGAGCUGGAGGGCGGACAGGGGCCUGGGCAGAAAGUGCUCUGUAACCCCAGGCCCAACAUCCUCCACCUGGAUGUGGACAGUAGGGAUAGGAGGCGGCGGGAGCUGGAGCAGCCAGAGCAGCAGGAGACUCAUGAGCAGCCAGAGCCCAGCAUGUCCUGGUGGCGAGUGUCCCCUGCUGAGAAGAAGAAAAACAUCACCCUGGACUGUGCUCGGGGCACGGCCAACUGCAUGGUGUUCAGCUGCCCCCUCUACAGCUUUGACCGUGCGGCUGUGCUGCACGUCUGGGGCCGCCUCUGGAACAGCACCUUUCUGGAGGAGUACUCAGCUGUGAAGUCGCUGGAAGUGAUUGUCCGAGCCAACAUCACGGUGAAGUCCUCCAUCAAAAACUUGCUGCUCAGAGAUGCCUCCACAGUGAUCCCAGUGAUGGUAUACUUGGACCCCGUGGCUGUGGUGGCAGAAGGAAUCCCCUGGUGGGUUAUCCUUCUUGCUGUCCUGGCUGGGCUGCUGGUGCUGGCGUUGUUGGUGCUGCUCCUGUGGAAGAUGGGAUUCUUCAAGCGGGCGAAAUAUCCUGAAGCCGCAGUGCCCCAGUACCACGCGGUGAAGAUCCCGCGGGAAGACCGACAGCAGUUCAAGGAGGAGAAGACGGGAACCAUCCUGAGGAACAACUGGGGCAGCCCCCGGCGGGAGGGCCCCGAUGCUCACCCCAUCCUGGCUGCCGAUGGACACCCUGAGCCAGGCUCUGAUGGGCACCCCGUGCUAGGCACUGCCUAGCUUCCUUUGUCCCAGCUUGGCCCAUGGGCCCCCUCCACCCCUUCCCUAGUGAUGGCUCCUCAGGGUGAAGAGGGUAGAGUGGCUAGCUAGUUUGGCAUCAAGAUUUGGCAGGAUCUGCUUCCUCAGGAGCACAGAGCUCCCCCAACCCAUGAGAACCACCCCCAACUUCCCCUUAGAAUGCUGCGAGACUAGAAUGGGUGAAUCAGGGAUGGGGCUGUGGGCCAGAGUGAGCAGGGCAGGGUGUCUCUGUGCAAAGGUGGGGAGAAGAGAUCCUAUUCCUUCCCUCUCCAUUCACUCCAUGUAACAGGACCCAAGGAGUGCCUUAGCCUAGAGGGUCGGGGAGAAGGUUGUGUCGCUGACUCAGGGUCACAACCUGGUCUCCCGUCUCCUCUGACUUUAGUUUGCUGCAUCAGUCUAGUGGUUUUGUCUAUUUAUUAAAAAAUAUUUGAGAACAAAA